AUGGCGGCUUGAAGCCAUGAAAAAAAAAACCCCAAACAACAACUCACCAAAAAAAAAAACCUCACCGAAGAUGUCUAAAUAGCGGCUUUUAAAAUUACUUCAACUCCUGCAAUAUCCUCGGCUACCAAAGCGGCUGUCAGUCACUGUCGAGGUGACAGGCGGACUGCAACCACCUCGGGUUUUAAUUUUUUUUUUUCCAUAAUUUUCCUGCUAAAACUUAUUUUUCCAACAUGGGUGUGCAGGGCUUCUUGGAGUACAUUGAAAAGCAUUGCCCCAGCGCCGUGGUGCCGGUGGAGCUCCAGAAGCUAGCCAGGGGGAGUAUAGUUGGAGGUGGCCGGCAGAGACCCCCUCAGAGUCCGCUGAGAUUGCUGGUGGACGCCGAGAACUGCCUCCACCGGCUCUACGGGGGCUUCUACACCGACUGGGUCAGCGGGGGCCAGUGGAACCACAUGCUGGGCUACUUGGCCGCCCUCUCCAAGGCCUGCUUCAGCGGCAACAUUGAGCUCCUGGUGUGCUUUAAUGGCGCCCUGGAGAAAGGCCGUCUUCACGAGUGGGUCAAGCGACAGGUGAACGAGAGGCAGACCGCUCAGCAGAUCAUCAGCCACGUCCAGAACAAGGGCACCCCGCCGCCCAAAGUCUGGUUCCUGCCCCCCGUGUGCAUGGCCCACUGCAUCCGACUGGCGCUCCUCAGGUUCCGCGUAGGGGUUGUCCAGAGCAUCGAGGACCACCACCUGGAAGUGAUUGCCUUAUGCAGGGAGAACGGCUUCCACGGCCUGGUGGCCUACGACUCGGACUACGCUCUGUGCAACAUCCCAUGCUACUUCAGCGCCCACGCCCUCAAGCUGAGCCGCAACAGCAAAAGCCUCACCACCAGCCAGUACCUGAUGCACGAAGUUGCGCGGCAGCUCGACCUCAACCCAAAUCGUUUUGUCAUUUUUGCAUCACUUUUAGGUAAUCACAUUCUGCCUGAUGAAGACUUGGCUGCCUUUCACUGGAGCUUACUUGGUCCAGAACAUCCUUUAGCAUCCUUGAAGGUGCGCGCCCACCAGCUCGUGCUCCCACCCUGCGACGUUGUGAUCAAGGCUGUGGCCGACUACGUCCGCAACAUCCCGGACAUCGCCGACCUGGAGGCCAUCGCCAAGGACAUCUUCAAGCAUUCACAGUCGUGCACCGAUGACAAAGUGGUCCGCUUCAAGAAGGCAGUGGAGUACUACUCAGUGGCCAGCACACCCCCUCACUUGCCUCCACUAUUCGUUGGACCAAAACACAUGGGAGUGCCUGCUGCAGCGCCGUCUCCAAAGAUGCUCAACAUUCCACAGGCGCCGCUGCCCAUUAAACCGGGGGUCCAUCUCCCGUUCUUAGAGCCUCUGGUGGAGCGCGGCCUCGCUCUCGACUCUGUGGAGAGAGGCCUUACGGAGCAGAACAGCUUCGGCGACAUUCCUCACGAAGGGAAGCACACACCGCUGUACGAGAGGUCCUCUCCGAGCAACCCGGGCCAGGCCAGCAGUCCCAACCACACACGGGCCGCUCUCCUCCACGCCUGCUCUGCAUCGUCUUCCUCUGAGAACGACGAGAGCUCAGGCACAACUGCCAAUCAUCUUAGUGACCAUAAGGGAGGCUGGGAGAAAAACGGACAUUCUCCCCACUCUGUGAACCCACCAGAGGGAGACCUGGAGGACCAAACAAAAGUGGACCUCUGUGUAAAAUUUGAGGCUUGCCCAGGGUCACAGCCCGGAGGUCUCCACAGCCUGAAUGCCCAGAUCCCCUCCCUGCUCUCUAUGCCAACCAGGAACCACAUGGACAUCACCAUCCCGCCUCUCCCUGCUGUGGCCCCCGAAGUCCUGCGGGUGGCUGAGCACAGACACAAGAAGGGCCUUAUGUACCCCUACAUCUACCAUGUUGUCACUAAGGGUGAGAUUAAGCUGUCUGUCACCGUUGAAGAUGAAGCUAACAAAGACCUGCCUUCAGCUGUGCAGCUGUUUCGUCCCAUCCGUCAAUAUGUUUACGGAGUGCUCUUCAGCCUGGCGGAGGCCAGGAAGAAGGCUGAGAGACUCGCCAUGAGGAAGAACUGCCUCCCUGCAUACACACACGUCCUCGUCAAAGAGUGGGCCGCCUACAAAGGCAAGUCUCCCCACACUCCGGAGCUGGUGGAGGCUCUGCCCUUCAGGGAGUGGACCUGCCCUAACCUGAGGAAGCUGUGGCUGGGCAAGGCCGUCGAAGACAAGAACCGCAGGAUGAGAGCGUUCCUGGCCUGCAUGCGCUCCGACACUCCGGCUAUGCUGAACCCUGCCAAUGUCCCCAUGCCGCUCAUGGUGCUCUGUUGUGUGCUGCGGUUUAUGUUACAAUGGCCAGGAGUAAGAAUUUUGCGUCGUAACGAACUUGACGCUUUCCUAGCCCAAGCACUUUCCACUAAACUUUAUGAGCCUGACCAGCUGCAGGAACUGAAGAUAGACAACCUGGACCCUCGAGGAGUCCAGCUGGCCGCUCUGUUCAUGAGCGGCGUGGACAUGGCUCUGUUCGCCAACGACGCGUGCGGACAGCCGAUACCUUGGGAGCACUGCUGUCCCUGGAUGUACUUUGACGGCAAGCUGCUUCAGAGCAAACUCAACAGAGCCAACCGGGAGAAGGUCCAGCUCAUUGAUCUCUGUGAUGGUCAGGGGGAGCUGGUUGCCAAGGCGGAGAAGAUGCGUCACAGCAUCCUCGAAGGUCUCAACUUCACUCGACCGCCUCAUCCUCCUCCAUUCCCACCGCCGCCGAUUCCACCUCCUCACGGGAUGCCUUUCUACCCCCCCACUGGCUCCUUUCCCCCGCCCCCUAUGAUGCCUCCUCAGGGGAGAGGCAGAGGGAUGCCUGGAGGGUACAGCCAAGGACUUCAAAGCAUGUCGUCUCAGGGUGGGAAGCUGGAGAUAGCCGGCACGGUGGUGGGUCAGUGGGCUGGAGCGCGACGCGGCAGAGGAAGAGCGGGCUUCCCGCUCCAGGUGGUGUCUGUUGGUGGACCGAACAGAGGUCGUCCUAGAGGAGUGAUCUCAACGCCCGUCAUCAGGGCGUUCGGUCGCGGGGGCAGGUACCACACUCGAGUCUUCAAGAGUCAGACAGCAUACCUGCCGAUUAAGCCCCCUCACAAACCGGCCCAUACAUCUGGACAGGAUGCAGUGAAAGAGAGAAAGCGGUCCAAAGCGGAGGAGAGAAAAUCCCCCGCGUCACCGUGCGACGGCUCGACGACGGAGAACGGCGUGGAGGACAAAGAGGCGGACCAACUGAACGGAGAUGAAGCGGAACGCAGGGCUCCCAUCCAACCUGAAAGUGCCUUCAAAUGCGACUCCAAGACGUGCAAUUCUAAUCCUCACUUAAAUGCACUAAACGAAGACAGCGGCUGCCAUAGAGAUGAAGGUCUAGAGGCCGCUGUCUUGAGAAAAGAAGAGUAAAGCCUAUUUUUCUAGCGAGGGUGAAGGAUGAAAGAUGGAACAGGGUUUAGAAUAUAUCUGGAAAUUUGGAAAACCUACAGUCAAUGUACUUGUUUCCUCAAAGAAAAGAGAUGAAAUUCCAACCCCUCUCAAGAAACACAAGAUUUAUUACACUGCUAGUUUAAGGAGUUGUUCACUCCCAUCACUUGUUAAUGAAACUGAUUUCUACUUGUUAACGAGAACACUACAAUUCCUUUUUAUCGAGCUAUUAAAGCUUCUGGAGCUUUGAUUUUUAAUUACUUCAGUGCUUAUGAGUUAAUACUCUCCUUUCAAAUCUGCCUUACACGUUAGCAUCGGGGUUAUCAGUUUAUUGUCGUCAAGGUAACCGAGAAAAAGGAAACUGCAACACAACUGCCUUUGGUUGCAACUUUAAUUUUUGUUCACGUAUAAGCAACUGUGUGUCCAUUAUUUCAGAUUAGCUCCAUGUAAGUUUAGUUAUCUGUAGCAUUUCAAGAAACUGCGUUUAAAAAGUCCGACACAAGGAAUCUCUGAUACUCGACUUCUUGAAUCAAAUAUAGAGAGCUGUAGUAAAAACCGCUUCCACAACAAUAAAAGCCCUUCUCUGCAUGGUUGGCAGUUUAAGAGGUGUGUACUUAUAAUGCAUGUGGUCCUUUUUCUUCUAUCAUUACAGGUACUGUGCCCAUUUGCAAAAAGAAAGAAAUGGCUAAUGUCACCGAUGGCCCAUACAAGUUGUUAACUGUUGUAACCGAUUUGUUCUGAUCUUGAUUUGUUAGUGAUACUGAUCUCUGUUGCAUUGAAUUACAAAAAAAAAGAGCAAAAAAGUUAUCUAGCCACUUUGAAAUAGUGAAGUGACACGAUAUUGUUCUCUGUUGUUUUUUCUCCUGCGUUAGUCAAAUAUCUGAACAUGUACCUUAACACGCUUUGAUCAGAAUCUCUCCAUAUGAAACUGAAAGCAACACUCUCCACCUUCAGAUUAAGACUUCAGCCGUCUGCGGUAAUCAAUUUAGUGCUCUGUUGUAGUGUCCGUUUAAGUUGUUCUUCUUCUACACCAGAAUUGUCGUUUAACAUUUCAACCUAAUUCUUCUGAGUUCUCCUUCUCAUCCUUCACUAGUGAUCACACAAACGGUGUACCCUUGUCCCCCCCCCCCCCCCCCCCCCCUUGUCCCCCGCAAGACUGAAUAGGUAACCUUCUAUGUAAGUUUCUUCCUAACUCUUUGGAUUGUUAAAGAAUGAACUGCUGUUGGGAUUGAUUGGAUGUUGAUGGAUUUGUGGUGUGGUAUAUUUGAAGAAGCUUAGCUACAAAGCUUAAUAAAACUAUAUUCUUUUAGUACAA